AUGAAGUUCUUCCAGAACGCACGCUUGGUGCGGCUCAAGAGCCACCUCGGCACGUACCUCUGCGCCGCCGACGACGCGGUGGCCGUCUCCCACGGCUACCGCCGCAACUCACGCGGCACGGUCUGGACCGUGGAGCUCGCCGGCGACGAGUACGUCCGCCUCCAGUGCCAGCGGGGGCUCUACCUCGGCGCCGCCGACGCCGCCGCGGCGCUCGACCCCGCCACGCCCAGCUGCAGGGUCGUGCAGGGCCUGCCGUCCACGCCCAACGACAGCGCCUUCCUCUGGACGCCGCGCCGGGAUGAGGGGGAUCGCGGCGCCGGGUGCCUCACGCUUUCCGGGCCACUCGGCCGCCUCCUCCGCGCCAGCUUCGGGGAGACGCCGCGGGACAACACCGUCACCCUCGACUUCGAGGUCGGACCGGAGGAGAGCACGUGGGUGGUCGAGGUCGUCCCGGCGGAGCAGGCGGCGCCGCCGUCGCCCUGCCGCGCCCAGUCCUGCGACGCUCGGCUAGAGGCGGCCGCCGCGACGUUGGACACCGCGUCCAGCGCCUUCGUCAGAUUAUACUCCGCCAAGCUAGUUCGUCCAAUUAGUUUCUUGGAGUAA